AUGUCACUUGUCGCAUACAGCACUUUUCUCCUCUUAUUAAAAUUCAUUACCUGUCUCGAACUAAAAUCGACUGUAUGCGCAGGAAAGAAUGCCACGAGCACACGUAUACGAGAAUUCUGUGAGGAGCAAGGUGGUUCAAUCAUACAUCGAUGUUGUCUAGGACCUGAUGAUGCAACAUUUAUUGCUGUAGAUUUAACAGAAUCGAACUUAACAGCUGUCCCUGAUUUUACCGACUAUGCGAAUUUUAAUGUGAGUGUUAUUGAUCUUCGUUUAAAUCCUCAACUCGAACCAACGCCUGACAAUGAUUUCCUUGGAUUGACAAAUCUCAAUGAAUUGAUUCUUCCGCCACAAUUUGACUGUCCAGGACACCACCAUGUUUGGGAACUAAUUGCGAAUACCACUGACCCAUUAGGAAUCAAUUGUACUCAUCAGGUGGACUUCUGCGCAAAUUCAACAGAUGUUUGUGCUGAACAAGCAUCGUAUUGUAGUAUCAAUGGGCCAAAUCAUUUCCUUUGUUUAUGCAAAGAAGAAUAUCACGGGUACAAAUGUUUACGCAAAGGGACAUUUCCAUCGGGCGUAUUUUACGGCACAACAGUCGCAGUCACUGUUGUAGCUAGCAUUUUUCUCUAUUGGACGCAACGACGACAUGUGAAAAGUUGA